GUGAUUGGCUAAGUCACAUUUAUUUACCCUCACUCACCAAUCAGAGAGGUCUACUUCAUAAAGCGGGAUACUAACCAACCAAUCGUAACGUCUGAGGCGGGACUAGAAGUGUGUGAGGGAGAAACCGUGUUGAAUGGCAGAGAGCGCGAGAGGAAUUAAAUGUGAUAUAGUUUCAUGAACACAUUAGUGCUGUAGAGUCGUGUAAGAUGAAGUGUGUGUCUCUGCACCAUGACUUCAGUCCAGGUGAUGUCGUGUUUGCUAAAAUGAAAGGGUAUCCUUUCUGGCCUGCCCGGAUUGCUGUUGGAAAGGCUCCAAGGAAUAAGAUCCCAAUCUUCUUUUAUGGAACACACCAGACAACAACUCUAGUUUCCAAGGACAUCGUACAUUACUGGCCCAACAAAGAGAAAUAUGGGAAGCCCAUCAAACGAGGAGGUUUUCAAUUGGCCAUGUGGGAGAUUGAAAAUGACCCAGGGGUUGGUCUCAAAGGUCAAAAGAAGGCCGAUAUGGUGAGGAAGGUGAAGGAAAUGCGGAGGAAGGCGAGGACUACAGAAAAGAAGAAGACUCAGAAGAAAAAUGAAGCCAGCUCUCCUCCUAUUGAUGCAACUCCGUUAAAGAAUGAUAAAACACCUGUAAAAGACAGCAGCACUCUGGAAAAAACAUCCACCUCAGAGACACCGACUAGAAGACAGACGCCAAGCCAAAAAGAAAAGGGAACAUCUGCAACUUUGGUGUCUAAAAAAGCAACAACUCAAUCUAAAAAACUCACCACAUCCAAAAAGGUCAUCCUGGCCAAAAAAGCCAUCGUUGCAAAAACAUCAAGUGCAGUGAAGAAGAAAGAUGCUGUCAGGAAGAAGAUUAUUUCAAAAGCAAAGAUGGCCAAAGCCAAAAAGACAACAAGGACGAAGCUGAAGAUAAAACAGAGUUUUAUCAGAGUGAAAGAGAUUAAGCCAAACAGAGAGAGACCUGAGACUCGGCCCCGGACAUCCAAAGGUUGGGUGAAGGUCACAGAUCCACAGUUACAGAACCCUGAGGCUCGGCCACGGACAUCCAAAGGUUGGGUGAAGGUCACAGAUCCACAGUUACAGAACCCUGUGGCUCGGCCACGGACAUCCAAAGGUUGGGUGAAGGUCACAGAUCCACAGUUACAGAACCCUGAGGCUCGGCCACGGACAUCCAAAGGUUGGGUGAAAGUCACAGAUUUACAGUUACAGAACUCUAAGACUCUGCCUCAGAAUGCCAAACGUUGGGUGAAGGUCACAGAACCACAGUUACAGAACCCUGAGACCAGGACCCGGAGGUCCAUGGGUUGGGUAAAGGUCGAAGACCCACAGUUACCGAACCCUGAGACUCGACCCCGGAAGUCCAAGGGUUGGGUAAAGGUCGCAGACCCACCAUUACAGAACUCUGAGACUCAGCCCAGAAACCCAGAGACACAGCCCAAGAAUGCCAGGGGUUUGAGGAAGCAUUCCGUUCCACACAUACAAAACCCUGAUGCUCGGCUUCGAACCCAACAGACUAGACCUCAAACCACAGAGACUUUGCCCCGGCACUCCAGGGGUUGGGUAAAGAUCACAGAUGCACAGCUACAGACCCCUGAGCCUCGACUACGAACCUCAGACACACAGCACCGGAAUUUCAAGGGCUGGGUGAAAGUCACAGAUCCACCAUUAAAGACCCGAGAGUCUCGGCUACGGAACUCCAAGGGUUGGGUGCAGAGCACAGGGUUGCAGCUACAGAACACUGAGAUUCAGCUUCAAACUCCAGAGAUUCAGCUCCAAACCUUUGAGACUCGGUUACAGAGACCAGAGACUCAGCUUCAGAACACCAACACUUUGGUGAAGGUCACAGAGCAACAGCUUCAAGCCCCUGAGACUUCGCUGAGCACAUCAGAGACUUCCAUCCAAACCUCAGAACCGUGGCCACAGAGCCAAGAGGCCUGUCACAAAACCCCCGAAACACAACUAGGAGACCCAGAUAUUCAGUCGAGUGUAACAGAGAUGCAGGUGCAACCCUCAGAGCCACGGCUCCAGAACCCAGAUGUUCAGAUACUAAAGCCCAAAACUUGGCUGAGGGUUACAGUGCCUCGGCUUCAGAGUUCUGAGACACUCCUGCGCAAACCUGAGAUUCGGCUUCAAAACCUCCAAGUCUCACCCUUAAGAUGCAAAGACCUACCUUCUGAACUACAAGACGACUCUCCAGUUGCUCCCCAAGUUGCUACCCAUGAAUCCAUUGGAGACCCAGGUGCAACUCCACUGAAACCCCAACUCAUCACUCCAGGUGAGCCCCAAGGCGCCGCUCUGCCUGAGGUGACGACAAGGAAACGGGAAGCAGAAAGUGAGGGAGAAAAGAGAGUGCUGAGGCGGAGGACAGAAGAGCAGAAGGAUACAAAGGGAAAGGCUCAGAAGAAAGAGACUGAGAAGAAACAGACAAAUGAUGAAUGGAAGGAUAGAGAGAGGCAAAGGAAGGAGGAGGAGAUUAUACCAGCUGUCAAUGUCUCCAGCCCUGCAGCCUCAAAAAGGAAACGACAGGAAGAGAAUCUCUGCCUUUUGGAGGCAGAAAUAAGUGAGGCAGGAAAGAGGAAAAGGCAAGAGGCGGACAAGGGAGGACAGAGAGUGCUGAGACGGAGGACCGAAGAGCAGAAAGGAAAGAGGGAUGCAGAGGAGAAGAAAGAGAAGAAUUCACCAGAGGUUGAGUGGAAGGCUGGAGAGAAGGUGGGGGGAAGGGAGUACAUGGAAGAGAAGAGGAAGAGAGAGGAGGAUGAAAAGAAGAGAGUGGAAGAGAUGGGGGAGAGGAAGAAGAAGCAGAAGAAUGAUGAUGGAGUAGAGAAAGUGUCUAAGAAUAAGAGAGAGGAUGCGAUUGAAAAGAACAAGAAAGGAGAGCAGGGGACAGAGCAGAAGAUUAUGGAGAAGAAGAAACAGGGGAAUAAAGAUUCAGUAGAGAAUGGGACAGAGAAAAUGAGAGAGGAAGAGGCUGAGAAGAAGGAUAAGGAAGAAGAGGAGGAGUCGAGGGAGAAGGAGAUUGAGGAGGAGUCGAGGGGGAAGGAGAUUGAGGAGAAGGAGAUGACGGAGAAGUUGUUUGAGGAAGAGACAAAUGAGAAGCAGCAGCUGGAUGACGAGCAGAGGAAUGAUUUUUUAGGAGAUCAAAAAAUUAAUGAGGAAGAGAGAAAGGAAAAGAAGAAUAAAGAAGAAGAGGAGAACGGAGAGGAGGAGUCGGAGUCUCCAAAACAAGAAGAGACGGAGGAUGAAAAGAGGAAGCAAGUAGGAGAAAGAAAUAAGACUCAACUAAAAACACUAUCAAGGAGUAAAUUGUUGGCAGAGAAGAGGACGAGUGUUUUAAAGUCUCUCCAGGGGUUGGUCACGUCCAGCAAAAGCAGAAAACACAGUCAGGUCAUAAACCAAGUGGAGAAGCACGAUGGAAAAGACAGAAAUGAAGCGAUAGAGACGGAGAGCAGUGGAGAGAUGGUGCAGACAGAGGAGCUGAGGAAAAAUAACGGAGAAGAGGAGAGAGUGGACAAACGAAGAGCUCCUGAUUUGUCCGUCACAGACUCUCUGCUGUACAGACUGCAUGGUGAUAUCAGGAUCUCCAUGACCCUUGAAAAGCCUGAUGUGAAUAAGUGUUUGUUGGCGUUGGAUGAGUUGAGUUCUGUGUCUGUUUCUUCACGACACAUUCAGAACCACAGUGAGCUCAUCGACACACUCCGAAAGAUGCGGUGGUUCCGGGGCAGUGAGGCGAUCAUGUUUAAAGCGUCUAUGCUGUACUACCGCUUUAAGAACAUUUAUCUGAUCGGAGAACCAGAGGACAAACUCAGCCCUGACUACAUCCACUCACUGCAGGAGGCCAGAGAGAGACUGGAGGAGCAACACACACCUCAGAUUGUUGCUGAAGAGGAGAACUACACACACGCCAGCAAUAUUAUCCAGCACAGUCACUCUGCAGCAGAGAAAAGCUGAAACACACACACACACACACACACACACACACAUGUCUGGAGUUCUUUAUGCCUGUCCAGAUGAUAAUCGGUGCUUCAUGAUGAUCAACAAUAAGCUUGGUAUCUCUUACACAUGCAUUAAACAUUUGUCCUAUUAACACUGAGAAGAUUAAAGGAACAGUCCAACACAAUGCUAACAUGCUAACAGUGAUCUGAAUAGAAUUCUGCACACGGAGUGAUAACGAGUGACCAGCCUUCGUUCACUGUUAGCAGUGUUAGCAUGCAUCAUUCCUUUGUAAUUAUUAUGAUCCACACUGCUAUUGUUUGUUUUCACCUCUGCACAUGCACUUGUCUGCAGGGGCAAACAUUAACCCCUGCUCGGGGCAGCUGAACUCCGGCUCCGUCUCAUUUGCAGCAUUAAGGGCCCUUUCAUUAAAGGGAUCCUGUUUUAGACCUUUACCCUAUCUUAAUUGUGCUUUAUUUAAAUCUGCUGCACUAGUCACUACUGAUUUGGCUGAGUAAACAAACACACACACACACACACACACAGUCUCACUUCUGUUGGAUGUGUCCUGAGAUUAACACACUAACAUUUCAUCAGUAUUACAUUCUACAGAUCUAAUAAGAGUCUUAUCUAUCACUCCACACACACACACACACACACACACACAGUGUUUCUUGUGUAAAUGUAGGAGUGUUAAGAGCGUGUUGAUGUUUUAAUCUCACUCUGUAGUGUCCUCUUUUUUUUUUUCCCGGAUUAUUAAUUAAUUCGGUUGUUUCGACUCCAGUUUCAUUGGUGUAAACGUUCAGCAUUACAGAGACGCAUCUCCUCACACACCGUAUCACUACAGCAGCUGCUUUCCUUUUCUUUGUCGUCUCUUCUUCUCUUCUACACGUGUAACAGAUGAUGCCGUCGCACGCCAGCCUUUAUAGUGCAUUUUAAACGUUACAAAUAUUCAAACUACACAACUUUAUUAGCAUGUCGUGUUCCAGUAACGAUGGGAUUAUUAAUGAAGUGAACUCUCGUCCAAAACCACUGUGCGUGAGAGUGAGUUUGUGUGUGUGAGCAGGUGACUGCAUGUCAGCGUGAGAGCGUGUGAGUGUGUGUGAUAAAGCAGGUGAGUGCAUGUCAGUGUGUGUGUGUAAAGGUGCAUUGGGUAAGAUCAAUGAUUAAGUAGGAAGGUUCGAUGUUUGUGUGUAUUCCAGGUUAUUUUUACAAGUAAGACAUUUUAAAAUAGAUUACUGCACCGUUAGGAUAUGAUUCAGAUUCUGAGAUUUAUAAACUGUUAUAAAUACACAGAUUAAUAAGUGUUUAUUCUGAAUCUGCUACACACAGACACACACACACACACACACACACACACACACACUGCUUUAUGAUGUAAUGAUUAAACUGUGUUUACAGGAUUUUAAAAUUGUGUAAAUAGUUCUGUUUGAUUUGUGUGUGUGUGUUUUGCGUGUGUGUGUGUGUGUGUGUGUGUGUGUGUCACACUGUAAAUCCACAUUGUUUCUGCUCGUUGUGAAUAAAAAUGUUUUGUUUGUCAUAA